AUGCAAGAUUUCAAAAGAACUAAACUUGAGACUUCUUGUAAUGAAAUUUAAAGCCAAUUUAAUUAGAUAAUUCAUAAAGAACUGAGGAUUUCUCAAUUAUCAAUGGACUAACUGGUACAAUCAAGAAAAGUGAUCAUAAAUUUGAUGAAUAAGCUAGUGAAAUCUCUGAAUACUAAGAGAAGUAAAAUGUACUCCUUCAACUAGUAAAUCCUCAUCUCUAAAAUAACCCUUACCAAUAAUUCAAUAAGACAUCGAAUAGUCAUAGUACGAAUCGCAAAUAAUUGAAUCUUUGGGGGAUUCGUAUCCUGGAUCUGAGAUUAAAGCCCUUAUUGAAUAGAAAAAAUAAAGAGAUCACAAACCUGUAAGUUUAUAUAUCUUUACAUCUAGAUUUAUCUGAACA